GUUUCAUUUAUUUUAUAUGGAUGAGUCAUUUCGAAACCGACUCGGGUAAUGCAACGUCUCUACCACCUGUUCAAUUUAAUUUUACACCUGAAGAAUUCGAUCAUCUACAACUGGCAUCGGGGAUUUGCACGUAUAUGAGUAUGAUCAGUAUCGCUGUGGUAGUAGCUGUUUAUUGGUAUAUGCUUUAUCAUCAUCCUCGUGACACAAACAGAGUAUCAUUGCGUUGCGUGAUCGGUGCAAAUGUGGUAUCGUUCAUGGAUCAUUGUAUGGCUCUGGCCGCCGCUGAACAAUCCAUACAUACUCAAUUUUGUUUUAGUUGGCGAUUUUUAAACGGGAUUUUUACCAUGAUGCCCAUCUGUUUACUUGGUUGUGUAGGUGUACAUCUUUUCUUAGUCUUUGUGUAUCGUAUUCGAUGGCCCUGUCGACCUGAAUAUAUCUUGAUGCCUGCUGCUGCUGUUUAUACCGGUAUUGCUAAUAUCAUUCCUUAUUAUGGAGAAGAAUUACCUGAGGGAAUCGAUCAACUCAUUAAUCCUAAUGCUGAACUUUGUUGGUACUAUAAUGGAUUUGCUGAUCGAACAUAUAAUAAACCAGCUUGGAUUUAUUAUUAUUCUUUUAUCUUUCUCGUCAUUAUCAUUUCUUCCUUUACUUCCAUUGCAUCCAUGUACAAGGUAUUUUUAGAUAAAAGAAAAAAUACAAAAUUGUUAUUAGAAAUAGCAGAACGAGGUUUGGGAAGUGCAUCAACCAGUCAACAACGUAAUGAGGCAUCAUCAUCCACAAGAGGUCGCUUAUCUCCAGCAUCUGCCAUUGCACCAAAACCACCUGCCUGGUGUCAAGUGCAACAAACUAAAAAUCCUUUUAGAAAGGUAGUGGCUCGUAGUCUAUUGUAUCCAUUAAUGCCUGCAGUCACCUACUCAUUAGGAUUUACAUUACAAAUGUAUUUGAUUGAUCCAGAACAUCAGGCUAAUUUUGUGCUUGCCUUGAUGUCUGUCAUCAUGGCUCGUUUGGCUGGUGUUUUCGUCGCCGGUAUUUUUUUCAGUGAUCCAACAGUGCAAACAAUCCCAGGGGAACUUUGGAGAAAAUGUACAACAAGAAAACCCGAAGUGCCUCAAAUCAGGAGUACUGCACCAUCAGCCCGCACAUCCACGCUAAUCGAUGAUCAUGUAUAACUAUUCCUUCAUCACCUAUUCAUACCUGUUCAAUUAUAUACCUAUAAAAUAAAGAAUAUGCACUAGUGUUUUGAAGUUGUUCAUCAACGGAUGAUAUACGUACUAAUCUUUAUUCU